AUGCUCAUGAUGUUUCCUUGCUCUGCCAUGGUUUGGAAAAGCGAUUCCGCGCUGAUGCUAAUGAUGCUUCCUUGCUCUGCCAUCGUCUGGAAAAGCGAUUCCGCGCUGAUGCUCAUGAUGCUUGCUUGCUCUGCCAUCGUUUGGAAAGGCGAUUCCGCGCUGAUACUCAUGAUGCUUCCUUGCUCUGCCAUCGUUUGGAAAUGCGAUUCCGCGCUGAUGCUCAUGAUGCUUCCUUGCUCUGCCAUCGUUUGGAAAAGCGAUUCAGAGCUGAUGCUCAUGAUGCUUCCUUGCUCUGCCAUCGUCUGGAAAAGCGAUUCCGCGCUGAUGCUCAUGAUGCUUGCUUGCCCUGCCAUCGUUUGGAAGAGCGCUUCCGCGCUGAUGCUCAUGAUGCUUCCUUUCUCUGCUGUCGUUCGGAAAAGCGAUUCAGCGCUGAUGCUCAUGAUGCUUCCUUGCUCUGCCAUCGUUUGGAAAAGCGAUUCCGCGCUGAUGCUCAUGAUGCUCCCUUGGCUCAGGGGGUGGGUGGGGCGGAGGGGCUCGGCUGAGCUUCAAGCUUGUCCCCCAGUCAGCCCUCAGUCUUGCAAGUCAGAUGUCAGAGAACGCUUCAAAGGCAGAUGCGUAGAUGCAUCGAAAAGUGUGCCCACUCUCCAUCAGCACGGUCAUCGUGUCGAAGCAGACUGUGGCUCAAUCAUGCGAUGCUUUUGUGUCGCGCGAUUCGCACUCUCGCUGCUUUGGGCACAGUUCGCUGAUGCAACUGCUCCAGUGACCACAUGCUUGCCGCAUGCAAUACCAGAGUCGGACAGAAAGAAUGUGGUCGUCGAUGGCGAAUCAAUGCCUCUUGGCAUUUGGACAUCUUCCUUCGAUUCUGCCACGAUCGUGAGCAAGAUCUACGAAAUCAUUGCCCAAGAGCGUCUGGGCUACAACACCAUCAUGGACUUCGGGAGCACAAGCAGAAUGCAGGUUUUCAAGCUUGCUGGGUGUGAUCACGAUCCGGUGGAUAUGACGAAUGCAAGAAACUGCGGUCCGCCCCGUCGCUUCCAUGUCUCCAUGGAGUUCUGGUACGCGGCGUCGCCCUGGUGGAGCACCUGGGCUACGGAGAUUGGCGAGCACGCGCCGGUGAACCUCGGGAGCAUUGGCUAUCAAGGCAAGGAGGGCCUCUACGUGAUGGACACAGCUUUGCAGAAAGCCUUGGGAGGUCGAGGUCUCGCGCUGGAAUACUACCGCUCCUACAAUGCCUCAUGGUUUUAUCCGGCUCGCUAUGCCGCGGUGGUAUCAGAUGUGAACCUGAAUAACUUGCAAACAUGCGCAGACAGCGUUGAGGGCUACUUUCCGAAUCUCGGCACGGUGUACUUCGAAUCGACCGGCGACGCCGAUGGUGUGGAACAGGUGAAUGGAACGACGACUCUCAGAUGCUGGCAACAGAAAUGGUGGCCUGCACCUGCCUGUCGGCACAAUGUACCGGGCUGCGUCGCAGUUGUAUCUGGUGGCCCGGGUUGGGGUUGGCCUGAGAUGAUUCAGCAGGCAUUCUUCCACAACAUGCCUCUGGCUUUUGCCACGGCACAGCAUGAGCCUCAGAAUUACUACAUCUCCCUGAGCAGUGAAUUGCAGAGCUUGCUGUACUGGUGGAUGCCCGACACGACGUUCACUUUGGAGAAUCCUUCACGGGUCAUCUUCCCAGCCCACAGCCCCGCGGAGUACGCGAAGCAGAUCUUCAAGACUCAGCAGAGCGACGUCGACUUGACGAAAUGGGCAGCUGUUGGCAUGGAAGCCAGUGCCGAUCGAGCGGUGGCGCUCGCCAGGAAUCUCUUCAUUACCAACGACGAGAUUUCUCAAAUCCUGACGCAGCACGUGUCAGCAGCCCCUGUCGAUCCCUGGCAGACUGCCUGCAACUGGCUGAGGGCGAAGCCUUCUGUGUGGAUGUCCUGGCUGCCGAAUGAGACUGCUUGCGCUGCGGGACAGGGUUUGGUCAACUCCUCGGGCCAUUGGGUGCUAGACCGCUCUCUCGCCGUCGGCUGCCAGGCUUGUCCAGCAGAAGCCAGAUCGGUAGAGCAGGGCUCCACGCGAGUAUGCCUGCGGUGCGUGGGAGGCGAUUCCAUCUACAUUCCUUGCGAGCCGAGGAAAUCUGAAGGUCAGGAUGACAGCAUGCAGCCGCGGGAAGAGGCAAGCGAAAGCCAACGGCUAGCAAGUUUCUCUGGGCGCCGCAUGGCCUCGGCCAACAUGGACAGACCACCCGUAGACAAUGCGACAGAGCCGAUCUUCUUCUAUUACUCGUGGCCAUAUAUGCUGCAGCUGCCGCUGCUGGGCCGCUGUGGCAGUGACGGUGUGGACUUGAGGCGGCUUUGUGCCACCAACAUCAGCGAGGAGUACUGCGUGUUGGUCCAUCGCCGUCCAGGCUACGCCAAGCAGCAGGAACAAAAUGUAGUUCCGGCGUUGGGUGGUUGCAGCUGUGCAAACGCGGCAUUGGAGGCGGAACAAGGAGACAUCAGUUGGAAUUUUCAGCAGCUCUCGCAUGUGACAUUCCUUCGCCUCCAGCUGUCCAAGCACGCCUUUCUCCUUUGGUCGGGGUCAGGGAACGAGGUGUGGCAAUACAGAGAUGUGGUCUUUGGCACGCCUCACUCCGCCAUGGGUUUCAUUGGCCACCCCGCCUUGCUGGAGCUACUGCGACGCUGGGCCUACUACGAGGAGGCUUCAAAAAAAGGGGAAAGCUUCGAGUGCUCGGGCCUGGCCGAUUGUCAAGUCAAGCGCUUCUUAACAGUCCUGGAAUGGCUGAUGGUUGCCCGGUGCUCUUUCGUGGAAAGGGGAAUCCUCUCCACAUGGGAGUGGGCCAACGAGGACUCCGAGGAGAGCACGGAGGUCGCCGCCUUCACUUACCACACGAUGCUGGUGGAAGACAUCUUCGGUGAUUUUUUGAUGGACGGAGAUGACCCAAUUUGGGGACCGAGCGUACGACUCCUUCUGCGGACUCUGCAGCAAGAAAUCGCCGAGGACUUCGGUGUCAAGUUCAAGGUCACCAGCCCUUGGUGCCAGUCGGCAGGGGCAGAAGCAGCACCAGGUGAAGUAGCACGGCUGUUUGCAGACCUCGACUUCUCGUGGUUCUCUUGGCUCUGUAGUCUGGAUUUGGAACCCCAACCUGCUGAUCUCCUCUCCAGCCAAGAGAUGGGAGUGCGGGACACUGUGCAGGCAUUCCAGUACCCUUGUUUGCAAGGGGAGGUGACCCGGGGGAGACAUGGCGACCUGCUCUUCCAUGUUCUGGGCCAAGCCCUCGUGAUCCCACGACAUCGCCUCACAGACAGUGAAGCAGAGGUGGAGGUGGUAGUGUUUACCUCCAGUAUGGAUGGCUGCUUCCCAGGUGUGCACGAAAAGGCUGGCCACCUGCUGUCUCAGCCGCAUGUGGCACUGUAUCCGUGGCAGUGUAGCUUCACCGGCAAUGACCUUGUGUGGGAUGUGCCGGCCGUCCCUAUCUCGAUUAUGGGCUUCGCUUUAACAUUGCUUUGCCCGGUGCCCGCUGGGCUGCAGCUUCGGCCUGCGGAGCCCUUCAUGCUAAGGCUCUUCUCGGAAAUACACGGCGUGGAGCUUCCCGUGCCAAUUUGCACUGGCAGCGACGACGGCGCUUUCGAGAAACGCAUGCAGCUGGCAGUGUGCCUCCGCAUCCACUACGAUGUUGGCGGCCUGUUGUCCGAUUCUGGCUUCCCGUUCCUGAUUCGGGAUUGGCUCAACUUUCACCGACUUGCAGGCGUGGACCGGUUUGUUAUCUACGACGACGACGGCUCCUUUGGAGAAGUUGAGCCUGGCUUAAUGCGUGACCCGCAGGUGACUUACUUCCCGCGUUGGUCCGAGAGCGCAAUGCCCGAGGUGUCGAGCGCGCUGGGAAAGCGCAACAAGAAUUUGCUUGCGAUUCAGUCGAACUCGCACUGCGCAAUGCUGCUGAAGGGCCAGGUCGACUGGAUUGCGAUGCUUCCUGGCCUCGAUACUUACCUGUGGGCCGCAAACAGCUCGCGGCUCGCGAUUGCUGUAAAGACUGUCUUUGAAAGCCUCGAACCAGAUCGACACCAUGUCGCUGCCUUACAACUGUCAGAAGUUCAGUAUAUGCAGGGAGACCACCCCAAGGGCGAGACACUGCUGUCGUAUCGAAUCAGAGGACCAGCCAAGGAUAUGAUAUCGCACACGCUGGUGCUGAAUCCCGACAACAUCCUUGAAGUAGGUCCUCACUUCGCUGUUCCGCGUCCAGGUGCCCGUCUCGUUACCGUAGAUGCAGAGCUGCUGCGAGCGAACCACUACAUCGACUUUGUUGGCUCCGGAGGAAGCUCCCGAUGUGAGAACUGCACCACAGAAAGCCACGCCCUCAGUUCAGAGUUGGAGGAGGAACUGAUUUUCUUUCGCAGCGAAGAAAGACUACGAAGACUUUUGUGGCCAAGUCAGCGGUGGUGA